UAGCGAUCACGGCCAGGCCCCUUUAAGGGAGACGGGGUGGAUCCCUGCCUUGAAUCGCUUGCUAAGAGCACCGGCCAAUGGGAGAACCGACCAAUGGGAGGACCUGCCAAUAGGAGGACCGACCAAUGAGAGGUCCCGCCUGCGUGCGCGGUCCGGGGCGGGGCUUGCGUGCGGUGAGACGCUAAAGCCCUCGGAAGUGCGGGGGAUUGGAGGUGAUCAGAACCACAUAAUGUCAAUAGCUCGAUCAUCGGUCCAUGCCAAAUGGAUCGUAGGAAAGGUGAUUGGGACAGCAAUGCAGAAAACCGCUAAAGUGAGGGUGACCAGGCUUGUUCUGGAUCCCUACUUGUUAAAGUAUUUUAAUAAGCGAAAAACAUACUUUGCUCAUGAUGCCCUUCAGCAGUGCACUGUUGGGGAUAUUGUGCUUCUCAAAGCUUUACCUGUUCCACGAACAAAGCAUGUGAAACAUGAACUGGCCGAGAUUGUUUUCAAGGUUGGCAAAGUCAUUGAUCCGGUGACAGGAAAACCCUGUGCGGGAACCACCUACCUGGAGAAUCCCAUCAGUUUGGAAACUAAUUACCCCAAAACUCCAGAAGAACUCAAUGUUUCUUCAUCACCGUGAAGGAGUGGAAGAAGGAGCCAAAGGGAAAGAUCUAUGUUUGCUUUAUGGGGAAAAAAAAUUUCAGUUUCGUUCCAAACUGUGUCCAAUUUUUCUUAUUUAUUUUUUCAUUCAAAGGAAUCUUGAAUUUCUCUAAGCCUCUAUUAGAGAAGAAAACCCUUCAAUAUAAACUGAUAUGGUCAUAUUCUCUGAUGGUAUCUAUUCAAAAUUAAAUAUUUUUUUCUCUGAUUUCACCAACUCACAAGGGAAACAGUCAAUAUGUUUGUGGUCAAAUUUUAAAAGACUUGAGCUGUAUUAAUAAGAAUGUUGACAUGUAGAAAAUAAAAUUUUAGACAU